AUGUCUGGACUGCAGAUCGUCUCAUUCAUUAUCAUCUUCAGCUCUGUGUUACUACAAACUCACUCAGCUGAUGGUGUUGUUUACUCAGCUGUACUUCCACACACAGUAACAGCUCUAACAGACUCUUGUGUGCUGAUACCCUGCACAUUCAUUAUCAGUACAUUUGAGGAAAAACUGCAGAAAACAAAACAGAUUUAUGGGAUUUGGCUGAAAAAGACACCACUCUUUGGGAAAGACGAGAGUUCAGUAGUGUUUAACAGCAGUAAAAACAUCAUUCAAGGAUUCAGACACAUAGAGAUGAUUGGAAACCUCACUGAGAGAAACUGCAGCACUGUCUUCUAUAACAUCAUGAUGAAUCAUUCAGACCCGUAUUACUUCAGAAUAGAAAUGGAGCCAAAUGUGUUCAGAGCAACAUUUAACACCAAUCCACAUAAUGCAAGUGAUUCAAGCAAGACUGUGAGGAUCAAUGUCACAGAUUCACCACAGCCUCCUGAGCUUAUAUUCAGUCCAGAUGUGUCUAAAUCUGUGAUGGAGGGCACUGCAGUGAAUCUGAUCUGCUCUGCUGAAGCUCCCUGCCCCAAACAACCUCCUAGAUUAUCCUGGACUUACAUUCCAAAAUCUGCCAACAUUAUAACACAGUUACAGGAGAAACCUGAUAAAACUCAUUCAGUGUUUUCCUCAAUGACCUUCAAUGCUUCAUACAUGGAUCACAAGAUGAACAUCUCCUGCACUGCAACAUAUCCAAGAAACAUCUCCAAUAACACAACUGUGAACAGCACAGUAAUGCUGCGAGUAAUGUGUAAGAGAUUUAAUGUAUCAGUGAUAAAAACAUGCAAGUAA